AUGCUAAAACUGUUCAAAAGUCUUUUUUCUCGAUUGCCGGCGACUCAAAAUCUACCUCUGUCACAGUGCGAGAAAACCAUUUGCGUCAGUUCAUCACUGGACCGAUGGUAUGUACACCAUCUUCGUACACCUCGUGUUUUCCAUCCAUCGAAAAAACCUAUUCUUAAACAUGAGGAUUGGGAAAAUGAACCUUAUAAACCGAAACCUGGAAGUCAAUAUCCAGUAUCGGUUGAGUCAUUAAGAGAUUUCCAAAGCUUAGAUGAACGCUGCAAAAAUAUGUUUACAUAUAAAUUUAUCUAUAGAAGAAUGGUAUUUGAAGAAAACUUGGUCAAAACAUUGAAUGAAUUAGGCUUCAAACCUACAGAUGAAUCACUAGCUGCACAAGUUAUCCGAAUGACACUAGAGUUACGUUACAAAAAGUGGCGUCUAAAAGAGCAUCCUCGUUGUGUUACAUUGAAACGUGCAACUAAUUGUCUUAUGACAGCUCGUUGGCGAGCUCUGAGAUUAUUACGCGCUACAAAUACAUCAGAGUUUAAUAGAAUUACAUCUGCUCUAAAAAUCACUCGUUAUCAACAUAUUGAUCCAUAUCGAGUAUGCACAAACGAUCCAACAGCUGAACGUAAACGGUCGAUGCGAAAUGAAUUUUAUCAGCGGCGUCUCGCCAAACUUGCUGGUUUAAAAACAACACUAUCUUCAUCUGAAAAAGAAUUUUAUGCCCGAAAAAAUUCUGUAUUGUCAAGUCUACUAGCGGAUCUUAGCUCUUUGGUUGAUUCGAAUGAUUCGGAAUCUAAGAAGGCUGAUGCUGAGAAGUUAAUGAAAGAGUUAUUUAAUGAAGUUGUGGAAGAGCGCAAGUUAGAUGUGCUUCGUGAACCAGAGGAAGACAAAUUUUUAUGGUACGCUAAUGAAGCUAAAGAACGUGAGAAGUUAGCUGUUGCUCAAGCAUUAAAACAAGAAAACCAACAGCGCAAAACACGUAAACAGAAAUAG